UAAAUACACCUACUUUGUGUCCUAUGGUCAGUGUGUGUUCAUCAUGAAUCAGCAGUAUGGGUUCAGUCAUGGAUUAUAUAGUCUAACAACUCCACACUGUGUUUUAAUCCCAGGUCAGACUCACCCGUCUCUGCCAGUGAGUUCAUGGUGCCUCCAUCAGACGUCAGAAGACUGGGAGACUCUUCUUCUGGACAUUUCCAACUUGGUCCAACAAAUUCAGAAAUGCGUAAAAUUCACAAGUCUCAUCUGCAGAAAAAGUUUCAGCGUCUGAUUGAGGGCGUACCAAAUCAGGGAGACGCCAGACUCCUCCAUGAGAUCUACACAGAGCUCUACAUCACAGAGGGGGGAAGAGGAUACGUCAAUGAUGAACAUGAGGUCAGACAGAUAGAGAGAGCAUCCUGGAUAGAAGCAGAACAAGGCAGACCAAUCAAAUGCAGUGACAUCUUUAUACCCUUAUCUGGACAAUACAAACCCAUCAGAGUGCUGACAAAGGGAGUGGCUGGCAUUGGAAAAACCGUCUCUGUGCAGAAGUUCAUUCUGGACUGGGCCGAAGGAAAAGCCAAUCAGGAUGUCCACUUCAUAUUUCCUCUUCUUUUCCGAGAGCUGAACCUGAUGAGGGAAAAUAAACUCAGUCUGGUGGAUCUUAUUCAGCACUUAAUCCCUGGAAUGAAAGAUCCAACAGUCUUCAGCAGUUCACUGAACAGAGUCAUGUUUAUCUUGGAUGGUCUGGAUGAGUGUCGACUUCCUCUAGAAUUCGACUCCAACCCGAGGUGUUGUGAUGUAACAGAGCCAGCCCCAGUGGACGUGCUACUGACAAACCUCAUCAAGGGGAAUAUGCUUCCCUCUGCUCUCCUCUGGAUCACCACCCGACCAGCAGCAGCCAAUCAGAUCCCUCCAAAGUGUGUGGACCAGGUGUCAGAAAUAAGGGGAUUCAAAGACCCACAGAAAGAGGAGUACUUCAGGAAGAGAAUCAGUGAUGAGAACCUGGCCAGCAGAACCAUCACACACCUGAAGUCAUCCAGGAGCCUCUACAUCAUGUGCCACAUUCCGAUCUUCUGCUGGAUUUCAGCCAUUGUUGCAGAGAGAACUUCAGAUGAAUCAGAGAAAGUAGGAAUGCCAAGGACUUUGACUCAGAUGUACACACACUUCCUGAUCAUUCAGACAAGCAGCAAAAAAGAAAAGUACACGGAGAUAAAAGUAACAGAUGAAGAGAUGAUUUUGAAACUGGGGAAACUGGCUUUCCAACAGCUGGAGAGGGGCAAUCUGAUCUUCUAUGAGGAAGACGUGAGAGAGUGUGGAAUUGAUGUCACAGAAGCAUCAGUGUACUCAGGAGUGUGUACUCAGAUCUUCAAAGAGGAGACUGGGCUGAACCAGGUGAAGGUCUUCAGCUUUGUGCAUCUAAGCAUUCAGGAGUUUCUUGCAGCUUUAUAUGUGUUCCUCUGCUUCAGCAACAGAGAGAGAAACAUGCCUGACCAACAGCAAACCUCUCAGCUCUCUGCUCUGUUCAGAGCUGCAACACUUCAUGACCUACACAAGACUGCAGUGGAUCUGGCCUUAGAGAGUAAGAAUGGACAUCUGGACCUUUUCCUCCGCUUCCUCCUGGGCCUCUCACUGGAGUCCAAUCAGAAUCUCUUGAGACACCUUCUGCCCCAGACAAGAAGCCAAUCACAGAGUUCAGAGCAAACAGCCCAGUUUGUCAAACAGAUGAUCAGAGAUCAGAAUAAACAGAUGAUCAGAGACCAGGAGACGUCAGACAGAAGGAGAUAUCCUGUCAGAGAUCAAGAUGAAUCACACAGAAGGAUCAACCUGUUCUACUGUCUGAAUGAGCUAAAUCACCAUGCUGUAGUGGAGGUCAUUGACAGGAGCUCAGGAGCUCUGUCUGUAGAAAUGCUCUUACCAGGACAGUGGAAGACUAGGGCAUUUAAGUUUGAGAUUUCAGCAGAGCAGCUGGAAGAGUUUGACCUGCAGAAGUACAUAAAGACACCAGAGGAAGAUCAGACCGAACUCCUCAGUCCAGAUAAUGUUCUUCAGAAGCUGGUUCCAGGGGUCACAUCAGCUUGUGUGGUGUGGAUACCCAUCCUGCAGAGCGCCAACAGCGGUCAGCUCUACGUCUACAUCCAAUCGGUGACCAGCUACUUGGCCCCGCCCGUCACAGCCAUCUUUGUGCUGGCCGUCUUCUGGACGAGAACCAACGAGGCGGGGGCGUUCUGGGGGCUGAUGGUGGGCCUGGUCGUGGGUCUGACGCGGAUGCUUCUGGAGUUUGCGUUCCCCCCGCCCCGCUGUGGCGUCCCUGACCCCGCCCCCCCCGUGCUGCGCUCCGUGCACUACCUCCACUUCGCCAUCAUCCUGUGCGGCCUCACCGCCGCCGUUGUCGUGACGAUCAGCCUACUCACCCCGCCGCCACCCCCCGAGCAGAGAUAUUAUGUGUCUAUCUGA